UUGCUGGUGCACCGAGGCCAUGGCGUUGUCAUGGGACGUCCAGCCUAAAAAUGGGAUUGAAGAGUUCUUUUCCCACGAGAUGUACAAUUGUUAUUCCUUGGCCCCAACCUUUUUGGAAUUAUGUGAGAUGGUUAACAGGCAAACAGCAGGAAUCAGUGAUUCUGUUGAAGUCCAGCAACAACCCAAGACCAGCCCCAAACUUGAUUCUACUGCACCAGCAUCAGGCAGUACAACUAACAAAAGUUCAGAAGCCAUCUUCCCUCUCCCGGAGCCCAGAGUGUCUUAUCCCCGCUUCUCUGCCUUGACCGAGAGGGAUCAGAAGAACUAUGUGCAAUUCAUGCAGAAAUUCAAAAAUAUGCAGCAGUCAACAUGGUUACAAGGGAAAAUGUAUGGGCAUCUGGCACAGUAUUUGGGGCUAAAGAAUAUUGUCUGGAGUGAGAUGCAAGAGUUCAUGAAAUAUCUGCAGAAUGUGGCAAGAACAUGUGCAGAGGAUUAUGACGUCAUCAGUCAUGAUGCUGUCUGUUACACUGAGGCGGUUUUGCAAGCGUGGAACGAAAAUCUAAAAAGAUAUCCAGAACUUUACAUUGUCAAUGAAAUUACCAGCAUCAUGGGAGGGAAAUUCAUCCCAGAUCUCACCCUCCAACUGGAGAAGAAGCUUCUGUGCCUGGGCCAAACUCUGUAUUUGCGAGUUCCAACCAUUGCUACAUCAAAUCAGCUAACCACGGAUUACAAAACCAUUACCUCGUUUACUCCACCUUCAGCUGUCAGGGCAUCUGCCAUCGAGUCAGGCAUCAGCAAUGAUGUGAAUGCAGAGAAGCUGAGUGUGAAGUAUGGAGCAAAAGUGUCUCUGACGAGGCAGGCAUUGUUUACUCUGCUGAAUAAUUGUGGACCAAAGUACACAGAACCCUGGGAGAUUCCUAUACAUGUGAAAACCAUCUGUGGGGAAGGAAAUAAAACGGAAAAAGUGGUCUUCAUUGAAUCGCCUCUGCCCAAGAAAGAACUUGGUAUAAGAGAGAGGAACUUGCUUUUUUAUGAAGUUCCUUUAGACCUAAUGAUGUCCAAAAAAAGUUACACAUCGGUGUCAAAUUUGACAUUGGACAAACCACAAAGCAGCAUCUCAUUUGAGGAGAACGUAUUAUAUUCCCAGCAGGAUCAGAGAUCUGUUAAUGCAUGUACAACCAGUGACCUGGAUUUUAAUGCUGACUUUACUGAAUUGGAGACUUUUGGAACGAUUUCCUCCGGGUUGACAAAAAAGACUCUGCUGAAGGAUGUUGUCCCCAGCACUUGCAGACAGGCCUUGAAGCCCAAAGCUGCCACAACUGCUCCCACAACAGGAGACAAUAAAGAACAGGAUCUUACUAAGACACAAUCACCAGCUGAGGUGGUGACCAAAAAGUUAAUUCAGGACGAUCAGCUUCCCUCAUCACUCUCCAACCCAAACUGUGGCAGAGAGUUGAACACAGUGGAAAAUACUGAUUGCAGAGGGCCUUCCAUCUCAGAUCAACAGAAGGGUAACCCAAAGAAAGAGGUUAGAGACCAAGGAGACAAUGAAACAUUGGCAAGUGAUAACAAGAAUGAACAGGCUAAUUUUAAAGGAAUGGAAUCUGAUAGUAAUUCGGAUGAAGAUCAGCUGAUCAUUGAUACAAAUAUUCCAGUUGGCAGUGAUUCUUGUAAUAUUGAGCAAACUGCUGGAAUAGAUAUGGCAUCCAUUCCAGAGAAGCUUGAUCAUCAAGAUCCCAAAGAAAUCGUUCCAGACACACCUCGGUCACCGUCUCCUGAUCAGAGUCCACCCAGCAGCCAGAAGCCGAGGACCAAGCGUUUGACACGGAAAAGGACAGCCUCCAAAACCCUCCAGAAGGAAUUUGAUCCGGUUGGGCAGAUUCUGAGAAUGCAAUGUAAGCUCUUAAAGUCCAGUCCCAAAAAGCCUGUUGAUCAGCCGCAAGCAACACAAGAAUCAAGCUCACUGUGCCAUAACCCUCCUGGGCAACCGUCACUGGACCGGAACCCUAUCACUGUCUCCGUUCCUGACUCCGACACUUCUACCUUCGGGAAUGUUUCUAGUUUCUUGGAGAAGACUCCCCAGAACACAAAGACAGGUCUCUUGUCAGAAGACCUCCUGAAUUGUGAAGAAGCAGCAUCUGAUUACAUAUCACCAUCAUCUGGGAAUGUCAUCUAUAAACUCUUCAGUUUGUCUGACCUUCUCAUACUCGUGCGUGGAAGUAUAUGCAAAACACAGAUUAGGCCACGCUCAAACAAAGGAGGAAGAAAAAAGCACGUGCCAGUUUAUGUGUUGCCUAAACUGGAAUAUCAGUCAAUGUAUGGAAUAGAAGCCUUCACUGAAAGUGAAAUCUGUCAGUUAUGGACUGAAAGUCUCAUCAACUCAAACUCCUGGUUUUACAUUGGUCAUAUUGAUGCCUUUACCUCAAAGUUGAUUUUGAUUGACCAGUUUCCAGCAGCAUCAAUGAUGAGUAAACUUGGAUCUUUCAACCCUGUAAAUUCAUUAAACAUUCUUCACCACAUACUGAGAAAAGUCACAAGUUUGCCAGAGGACAGAUACCUGCUGAGUCACUCAUCAGGAGACUCUUCAUUCACCAUUUAUCGCACCUCUCGAAGAGGAAAGUUCACCAGAGCGGCCUAUAACCUUCAUGCUGCACACAGCGCACUCCCUUCAGUCCCUUCCACUCUCUCGGUGCCUUGGGUGCCUCUAGAUCCCGAUGUCCUACUACCUUAUCAUAUUCACCACGGCAGGGUUCCCUGCACCUUUCCUCCCAGGCCUGUGGACAACCUCCAGAACCAAAAGAUGGGUGUGGCAAAAGCAAAGAGAGACAUACUUGCUCAAGGAGAGGCAGUUACUAAGGAAACAAAAGGUCAUCCUUCAUCGACGAAGCAGACUGAAAAGCAAGAUCUUACAACAAACAAAAAGAAGAAGAAAAAGAGGCAGGGUCGAAUGAAGAAAUGGAGAGCAAAGCUUAAAGCACGGAAAGCACAAGACAAACAGGGGCAGUAAAUGUGAAGAGUGAGUCAGAGCUGGAAUGUGCGUAUGUCACUCUGCACACAGCCCACAGCCCUUCCUGUUUCAGUAGGAAUGUCUAAGUAAGUCCUCUCGUGGAAAGAAUGUGAUCUGACAGACCAGAAUCCUACUGUACAUGUCGACACAUUUCAGCAGAAGAUCGUGAGAAAACCACAAAAUGAUUUGUGCCAGUUCUGUAGGUAGCUACAUGCGAUUGGUACAGCUUGUAUCACAAGCCUGUUGGAGAGGAUGGACAGACUGAAGGCUACCUCCUUUUAUCACAAAUAAAACAUUGAAGUGCUCAUUCUCCCCAGCAUCUGACUUGCUGAUGUUCAUUGGGGUAUACUGUAACAUUUUAAACGUAUUGCCUUUUGCUGAAUGCUGUCCAUUUUUAAAAGACACUUUUAGCUGUGAGUUUGAUGUGAAGAGUUAUGAUGAUGAUUCACUGGUCAUUUGGUCUGAGCUCAUUCAGGAGCUCAUCCAGUCAUUGUGCAACCCUUCACACACGUUAUAUGCACAGUGACUGCUCAGCACACUCAAUUUUAUACUACUAAUAAAAGACAUAAGGAAAUGAAACGUAUGAUGCAUCAUCAGUAACAAGAGCUUCCUACUCUGCUGGGAUUGAAAUUAUAUUCCUCACUUCAGUGCACAUUAUAUAUGUGGUGAGUGACUGA